GCGGGAGCUCGCGCUGAGCAGCGCGCCGCGGUGGCAUCCCGACUGCAUGAUUCAUGAGAAACAUCAUGUAUUUUGGAGGUACCUGCCAGAGCCCUGCUCUUCCAGCCCUGGUACGUCCUCCAGCCCCACCCCUGCAGCCUUCGCUGGAUAUCAAGCCCUUUCUUCCAUUCCCUCUGGAUACUGCGGCAGCUGUCAAUCUCUUCCCCAACUUCAGUGCAUUUCAGAACAAGAACAUGCACAUCUCUUGGCCACAGUUCUGCAACUCAUUUAUGUCCAAAAAAGUGCCAGAGCUGGCUCUGGGUAGAGAAGAUUCAAAAGAGGUAGGGAAAAACUUUGGAAGUCUACUGAUGGAGAAAUAAAUGGACCCAAUUCAAAAAGCCGUAAUAAAUCAUACGUUUGGGGUUCCUCUUCCUCACAGAAGAAAGCAAAUCAUAUCGUGCAACAUUUGCCAGUUGAGAUUUAAUUCAGAUAGCCAGGCUGCGGCCCACUACAAAGGCACUAAACAUGCCAAGAAGCUCAAAGCACUGGAAGCCAUGAAAAAUAAGCAGAAAUCUGUAACUGCCAAGGACAGCGCAAAGACUACCUUCACUUCCAUCACUACCAAUACCAUCAAUACCAGCUCUGACAAAACAGCAGAUACUACAACCGAGGCACCAGCAAUAUCCACAACCACAAUGGUCGAAAUUCGGAAGAGCAGCAUCACGACAACUGAGAUCACCUCGACGGUUGAAAAGCUCCCCUCUGCAGCCACUAGCAGCCACCAGUGCGCCUUGGGAGAGACCGAGGAAGAGAAGGCCAAGCGGCUGCUCUACUGCUCACUAUGCAAGGUUGCUGUCAACUCUGCCUCACAGCUGGAGGCGCACAACAGUGGCACAAAGCACAAGACUAUGCUAGAAGCUCGAAAUGGGAGUGGAACUAUCAAAGCUUUUCCCAGGGCAGGCGUCAAAGGGAAAGGACCCGUCAAUAAAGGAAACACGGGACUUCAGAACAAAACGUUUCACUGUGAAAUUUGUGAUGUGCACGUAAAUUCCGAGACACAACUCAAACAGCACAUAAGCAGUAGAAGGCACAAAGACAGAGCUGCUGGGAAGCCUCCCAAACCCAAAUACAGUCCUUACAACAAACUCCAGAAAGGAACACACCCACUUGGGGUAAAACUAGUAUUUUCAAAGGAACCUUCAAAACCAAUGGCUCCUCGGAUCCUACCAAACCCACUUGCGGCCGCAGCUGCAGCUGCUGCAGUAGCUGUAAAUGCCCCUUUCAGCCUUCGAACAGCCCCACCAGCCACCCUCUUUCAGACUUCUGCACUCCCUACGGCACUUCUCCGACCUGCCCCGGGGCCUAUACGGACCACCCACACACCCGUCCUGUUUGCACCAUACUGAACUUCACAAGGGAGCAAAUUGUUCUGCAAUAAUUUUUCACAGCAAAAGCAAACAAGAACAAUGAACUAUGCAGUGUUAAUUUAUAGUUUAAAGUUUAAAAAGCACAUAUAUAUAUGUAUAUGUAUAUAUAUAUAUAUGUAUGUAUGAAGAGGUAGGACUUUUG